UGCGGUCUCUCUAUCCUCGUUUUCCACGUCUGCUUAUUUGCAGUUGCCGUUUGGGAAGCACUUCCGGUCGCUUGUUUUCCCGAUCUGCUUAGUAGCUGUCGUCUGCUUGGACGUGUUUUGUUCUUGUCUGACACAUUUUUGAACCGUGUUCCUCGACCAUCACUUUUAUAUUUUUUUACCCCUCACUUCCGAACUGCAGCAAAACAGCUUGGCUGGCCGUUUGGCAAUUACGUUGUGAACAGAGGACCUUCCGGUUGCGUCGCAGUAGGUGGAAUUGAAGGCUUCUUCCAGACAGCUUUUGGAAAAGCGAGCGAUUUGCGUGCGGUGGCAUCCACGUAUUGACAUGUCUGGAGCUUGUGUGCGCAUCGCCAAUUAGCUGACACUGCCAACCGUUCAGAGUGUGUCAGCAGUGUCAGCAGUGCUGGGCUUCCACCGUCGCACAUCAACAACAGACGAUGUGGCCUGACUGUCUUCACACGGCUGCUAGACCGAUUUUUCUGGCACUUCGAGUGAGAGACUGCUGUGACACCCGAAUCUGUCAGUGACUUCGUCAAGGCUGAGUGAGUACCGGGUGGCGGCUUAAGGUGAGUGCAACUGCACUGAAGAAGAAGGAAAGGAGUGAGGGAGUGUGCACAGGACGAGCAACAUGCCGGCCGACACGGACAGCCACAGCAAGCGACGGAGUAAAGACAUGGAGUGGGAGGUGUCCACUUUCCUGCCUGCCGAGAUGUCUCGCAGGGAACAGCGUUUCCACGAGGCGGCUUCUGUCAACGAUGCCGACAGUGUUCGAAAGCUCCUAGCAGAAGGAGUGGGCAUCAACUGCCGCAACAGUUUGGACAGGACAGCUCUCCACUGCACCGCCGCCUGUGGUCACGUGGCUGUCACAGAGGCCUUGCUGGAGAACGGGGCUGACCUGGAGGCCAAGGAUAAGUACGGGAUGCGUCCAGUGCUGUGGGCAGCUUGGUUUGGACACUUGGAUGUUUGCGUCUCCUGGUCAACGCUGGCGCCUGCAAAUACAGUACCAACAAGCAAGGUAUGGGCCUGGUCCACUGCGCGGCCACCAACAACCAUGUUGAUGUCAUUAACUUUGUCUUCGAGUCCCUGGAGGCCGACAAUGUCAAUGCCGUGGAGAAGAACGAGAGAACAGCCUUACACUUAGCUGCAGAAGCAGGCCAUCUGGACAUCGUGGACAAACUGCUACAGAUGGGGGCCCAGAUACAGAAGAAGGAUAAGUCUGGAGCUACGGCGGUGCACUUGGCGGCCGAGAAGGGUCACGGUCAGGUCGUGCGGCGUCUCCUUCUGGUCGGAGUCGAGGUGGACGACCGGGACGUGGAGGGGAGGACGGCGCUGCACAUGGCUGCAGAGCACGGCCAUCUUGAGGUCGUUGACCUUCUCCUGGACUACAUGGCCAACCCCAACUGCGAGACCAUCAAAGAAAUCACACCCCUGCAUCUUGCGGCAACAGAGGGCUAUGCCAGCAUCUGCCGCAGUCUGCUCAGGGCGAGCUGCAACAUCAACGCGCAGAAUUUUCAAGGAAACACUGCACUUCAUCUGGCGGCGGCUGGAGAUCACCGAGAGGUGGCGCUUCUGUUGGUGGAGAACGAGUGUGAGCUAGACCUUCCGAAUUUUCGGAUGCAGACUCCCUUGCACGUAGGUGUGGAGUCGGGGCACCUGGAAGUAGUCCAAGUUCUUUUGGCUGGCGGAGCUAGUCUUGAAGCACGUGAGAAGUCGGGGAAGAGCGCGCUGCAGCUCGCUGCACGUGGCAACCACGUGGCCAUCGUCGACAUGUUGAUCCGGGCCCAGCGUUACUAUGGCGUCGCCAGGGCAUACCUAGACAUGGACGUCGGGUACGUUGACCCGGAACUGUACCUCCGUAAACCCGCUCAUCCAUGUGCUGGUCCCAUGAGAGAGGUGUUGUGGCGGCUCGCUACCCGCCAGCUGCGCCCCAAUGACUGGAAGCUGUUGGCGCAACAUUGGAACUUUGCACCCGAGCACGUGAGGGCGAUAGAGCAUGAAUACACAGGCCCCAACAGCUAUCGUGAGCAUGGUUAUCGCCUCUUGUCCAUCUGGCUGCACGGAGUCCGGAAGGAUGAGAAUGUGGUCAAACUUCUGUUUGAGGCUCUCGUGGCCAUCGGAAGGCGACAGCUUGCGGAGCAGAUCCGCAGACGGGUCAACCGCGCAGCAGUGGACAAGGAGAAGACCUGCACUCCUUCUCCCAUGAUGUGUGCCGUUUCCUAGCAACAGCUAAUGCGUUCAUGCCGUUGCUCCCGGUAGUGCCAGACAGUUCGCCGUAACUACUACCAGUUGUGCCGACUUCAGAUGGGGCCAGGUGGCAGCAACCACUACAUAUUCGCGGUCUGCCUCCCAGACAACAUUGCUCAGACACACUAAAUGUGUUCGUCUUCGCCAGCGCGUCAUCAGAGUCACGUGACCUGCAGCAAGCUUAACAUGGCUUCUAGAAGUUUGUCUGGAGAAGUCGCCAUAUACGUCCUACUCUCGUUGCCUGUGUUUUGUAUUUAAACAUUUUCUGCGUAAGUCAGUGGUAGCCAUCUUUUACAUUUCGUUACGAAGGUGCUAUUGUAUUACCAGUGCACGCUGAUCGCGUUUCAUCUGCUUUACAACCUGUCACAGUUGGCUGCGUACACAUCACUGAUGUCAACUUUAAACCUUGUGCAGGUUCAAAAACCGUAGCUUAAAGUUUCAAUAUUCCUUCAAAUUUCUAUUCCAUUUCAAGCAGUUGCUGAUGUGGAACUGUUUCUUGUCGUUACUGGCAAAUGACUGAUCUGUCUUUGGGAAAGUUUGAUCCUUGGUGAUGUACACCAUGGUGUGACCGCGACAAGACUUUAUGCCACUGACAUUAGUGACAAGUUGAAGAGAGUUUGAAGAACCCUGUCAGCCCUGAAGCUAUUUCAAGGCAGGGUAAACACCCGGAAGAGGUUUGACACGAAUACAGCGCCACGCUACACAGGAACGGGAUCUUUGUAGUGUGUACAUGUACACUGAUACUGCACUUUUGAGCAGGCUUGCCCGCCAUAGACAAAUAUGAAGAACAUUAAAAAUUCACCUGCAUUCAGCCAACUCCUUUGCUGAUCAUACCAGCCUCGCAAAGUGACUAGCACACAUCUUUACUCAUCUUCGUAUUAUCCGUAUUCUUCCAUCCUUGCAGAUUUACAAACAGUCGUUAACUUACCCACAAACACACACAAAUACAGAGUUGGAUAGCACACCGAGUCAGAUGGGGUUAGAAAUGGGAGCUGGUCGAUUCGACUAUUUACCAAGUUGAUCACGCACGAGUCGAUUCGACAACCGUUUACAGAAGUGGCUGGUCCCAAAACUCGGUAAAGCCUUGAAAAAUAAAGUCGUCAUGGUUACAGAACCCUAUAAUUUGUCUCGACUCUCCUUCCCUCCACACAUACACACCGAUGGAGAGUCAGACUUGUAGAACAGUGAACAUUUUGAGUGAAAUAGGGGAAGGCGGGGCGCGGGGAGAGUGAUUUCUACUCAUUUACAUGCAAGUUUAUGUAUACACGAUGGGGCUGUGUGUGUGUGUGAGGGCGUAGAUCAGUAAUGAAAAGUCAGGACGACCAAUCCAGUCUUAUGCUCGGUCACAUGGUCAAACCAGACUUGCCUACGUCACAUGACUGUUGCAAGUAGAUGUUCCUGGUGUCCUACGAGUGUGGCAACCGCGCUUCCUACCAAGUCAUUGGUUUAUGUUCCUUGUAGGAGACACGGAGCAGCCUCCUCAGGCUCUUGCUUCCUAUUGUCAAGCAGAAUCCAUGCUUCACAUCCGCAGAGUAGGAUCGGUAUAAGGGAUUUGCACAGAUUUUACUCCGUAGUAAACGUGGUGUUAUGGCUAUGCCACAUCCUAUCCAGCCUAGCCAUUUCUGCUGUUGCUGCUGCGAUCCUGAUGGAUAUCUGUCAUGGAGCUGCCGUCUUUGGAGAGAGUGGCUCCUUAGUGCUAAAUGGUGCUUACCUCUUAGAGCCCUCCCCCCGUUAAUGAAAAAGAUGGGUGCCAAUCCAGAAUUUCAAAAACUACCCAGCCGCCUGAAGCCUCACGCAAAUACUACUUUAUAUAUAUAUAUUAUAAAUAUUAAUUUAAAUAUAUUUUGGUAUUGGAGUAAAUGAUCGGUGUCAAAUCGUCUCGUGCGCUGGCCAAAGCGGUAAAUGUUCGAAUCGACUGGUGACCUUACAGAUAAAUAAUCAGACAAGCAUGUACAAAAUGCAUAGGUGCAUGCAUAAGGCGUAAAGGAUGAUAAUAAAAAAACGGAUACAAAUGGAUAUUUUUAUCUGCCAAAAGUCUGCAUAGUUGUACAGUAGGAUUUGUGCUUAGCUGAACUGCUAUAUUGUCUCGGGAGCACCUUGCUGGAGUGUGUCUGUGUGAUGGGAGACGACCUAAUGCUUGACUAGGAACUCAUGUGUAAAAUGUGACACCUGUUCUUUUAACACCAAGUCAGCAGUGAAGGCUACUGCACACACGCACACACACACGCGCACAUACACACAGAGGCGCGCGAUCAUAAGUGUUUUACUGAUAUGAAAUAUCACUUCGGACAUCCGAGACUACUACUGAAAUACUGAAGCCAGCGUGGGCGAGAGAUGUCAGUCUCAAGGACUGAGUAUCAUGCUAUCCAAGAAAGGUUAUUUAAAGAAUUCUCACUUGAUACAUGGUCGCGUUUGGUGCUUGCAUGAAACAAUAUUUCUGUUCGCCCACCUACCUCUCUCGCCUACCCAACUCACCCGUUCGCUCGCCCAGCACACGGUCCUGGGUGGUCUUCAUGUCAGCCUGACAGUAUUGCUGGUGUAACACCUGACAUGCGGGUAGGGAUAAACGCAGGUGAGCCCCCGGCUUAUCAAGCACACGGAUCUACUUAAUGUUUUCGAGACAUUUUUCGCUUAAUUAGAUAUUUCAAUUUUCUGCCACACGAAGACCCACCGACUGAGGUCUAUUUUAAAAAAAAAAACUACUUCAUGUUGUGAUAUUCUCGAUUUUAUGUGAUAUUGACUUUGUCCUCUCUUUUAAUAAAGUUAUUAAAACAAUUCGUCUUGA